AUGGCGCAACCGCAGCCUCAGAUGCCCCAGAGGGCUUUCUCACCUCCCCAGCCCACUCCUUCCCCCUCCGCGUCGCAAGCCGGUUUCGCGCUCCCUCCGAACAAACGACCGCGACUUUCGCCUGGCGCAACGCCGCAACCCGAAUCACCAUACUCUACUUCACCCUACGCAGCAAGUCCGGGCGCCCCAGCGACUCCUUCCGCUGCCGCGACAUCUGCCGGUUCUCCGAUUUAUAACGGCGCGCAACAGCAACAACAGCAGCAGCCGCAGCCGCAGCAGGCGCAAGCGCAUCACCAACAACAACAGCAACCCGCUGCCAAUAACUACGCUACCCCUUACACAAACGGCAACAGCACACCUGCGCUGGCCUUACCUGCUUUGCCGGAACAGAGACCAACACCUCCGCCUCAAGUAUCUACACCUCAAACGCCGGCGCCGCCAGGAUUACCCUACACCAACGCGACACUGGCUCUCGGUAACACACCAGGCACGCCUGUCAUGCAGCACCCGUCUACUCCCGGCGCCAUGGGUCCGCCCUCUCGCCCUGCAGAUCGACCUCAGAAGGAGUACGAGUACGACCCAACGGAUUCGCUCGCAGGAACAGGUAUCGAUUUGCGCGCCGAAGAGCAAUACCUCUCCGAGCUGUAUGUUCCUGAUGGACAGAGAACCGGCUUUCCCCCCUACCCACCGGGAAACAAGGCCAGCUUCUACGGCGCUGGUCCGGCAAACCAAGCCGCCCAGCCGGCAGGAGCCAAUACCCAGAACGCUGCCAUUGCGCAAGAAGCAGAGAGAGCAUGGCAGGAGUCAGCGAAGCGGCUUGCACAGACGAGAACUAUGGAGCUCAACAAUGCAUUCCUGCAGGUUCCGAUCAUAUUCAAGCGGGCAGAGAAGUUUGCGAAGGAGCAGGGUUUGUCGCUGAACUUGGAGCACAAGAACAACAACCAGCCCAUGGGACGAAUGCGGUUGCCCGAGGAGUUUCCUAAUCCGACGGUGACGGUCUCAACCAAGAAAGGCCCUGACUCCACGAUGGUGACGACGACUGGUGCCUGGAUUCCUCAGGAGGCUUAUUUGGUCGACCAGUUGGCGUUGCUCUCGCUUGCCACCAAGCAACGAUUGAGGAUGCUGGUCGAGGACAGCAACCGCGUGGCCAAGAUCCGCCAGACCUCGUCACACGGCGAGGUUCCUGAGGACUGGCAGGUCGCCGCGGCGCCCCUCAAGAGCGUUCCCCCAGAGACGCAGGAAACAGAUGCGACGAUGACAGGGACUGAGGACGGCUCCAGUCCUCGCGCUCAGAAGCGUCCUCUUGAGAAUGCCAGCUCUAGCCAGCCUACCAAGGUUCAGAAGGUCGCUGCUACGAAUACCAUGAGCCAUACCGUCAGAGAGGUUGGCAAGGGUGAAAGAGAUUGGGAGGAGAGAAGAUUGAGAAGACGUAAUGCCAGAAAAGACGGCACUGCGGAACCCGGGUCAACGACAUCUCGCGCUGGCUCGGUCGCACCUGGAACUCCGGGAGGCUCAGCGCCCGAUUCCGAGAAAAGCAUUUCAAAGAAGGAGCAGAAAAAGCUCGACGCCGUGAAGAAGGCCGAGGCCAGCAGUCACGCGAAUCAAAACAUCACGAGUAGCAUGUUCGUCGGCAUGCCCAAGACGGGGUCCCUCUUCGGAAAGAAGAAGGGAGGCAAGUCAUACUCAUGGAUGACUGGAGGUACCAGCGGUGCUAGCACGCCGAGACUCGGUACGCCCGGAAAGCCCGGUGCAGCAGCACCCGCAGGCCCUCCAGCUCCGGCGAACCAUGCGCUUACGGUCGAGGGCCGAGCCCGACUCGGCAACUGGCGCGAAGAUAAAGAGAAGGGCAAGAACAUUCAGCUGCGAGACUGGGUGGCAGCCUUGGAGGGUGAUGAAGUUGAACUGAGGGCUAUUCAGGCGGCCUACGACAAGAUGGACACAUCCGACCCCAAAUAA